GUCAAGGCGCGGGGCAGAGCUGCUGGGGUCGGGGCGUCAUGCGGAGGGGUGAGCGCAAGGGCGCCGAGGGGCCGCGGCCGGGGUCUCCUGUGCCCGUGGGCAAGGCCUCGCUGGAGGAGCCGCUGGACGGCGCGGCCGCGGGCCGAGCGAGCGGGCCGGCCGCUGGCCGCCGCAGCACCGAGUCAGAGGUCUACGACGACGGCACCAACACCUUCUUCUGGCGGGCCCACACCUUGAGCGUGCUCUUCAUCCUCACCUGCGUGCUGGGCUACGUGACGCUGCUGGAAGAGACACCGCGGGACACGGCCUAUAACACCAAGAGAGGUAUUGUGGCCAGUAUUUUGGUUUUCUUAUGUUUUGGAGUCACACAAGCUAAAGACGGGCCAUUUUCCAGACCUCAUCCAGCCUACUGGAGGUUUUGGCUCUGCGUCAGUGUGGUCUACGAGCUGGUUCUCAUCUUUAUACUCUUCCAGACCGUCCAGGACGGCCGCCAGUUUCUGAAGUACGUCGACCCCAGGUUGGGGGUCCCGCUGCCGGAGAGGGACUACGGGGGAAACUGCCUCAUCUAUGAUGCAGACAACAAGACCGACCCCUUCCACAACGUCUGGGACAAGCUGGACGGCUUCGUGCCCGCACACUUCAUCGGCUGGUACCUGAAGACCCUGAUGAUCCGUGACUGGUGGAUGUGCACAAUCGUGAGUGUGAUGUUUGAGUUCCUGGAAUACAGCCUGGAGCAUCAGCUGCCCAACUUUAGCGAGUGCUGGUGGGACCACUGGAUCAUGGACGUGCUCGUCUGCAACGGGCUGGGCAUCUACUGCGGCAUGAAGACCCUCGAGUGGCUGUCCCUGAAGACAUACAAGUGGCAGGGCCUCUGGAACAUUCCGACCUACAAGGGCAAGAUGCAGAGGAUCGUCUUCCAGUUCACGCCCUACAGCUGGGUCCGCUUCGAGUGGAAGCCGGCCUCCAGCCUGCGCCGCUGGCUGGCCGUGUGCGGCAUCAUCCUGGUGGUAAGGCCCGCGGCCGCCUGCCGCCCCGCCCCGCCCCGCCCCCCGCCCCCGCCCCCGGCGCCCUCCACCCUCCCUCCUCUGCCCCAGUUUCUGUUGGCAGAGCUGAACACCUUCUACCUGAAGUUCGUGCUGUGGCUGCCCCCCGAGCACUACCUGGUCCUCCUGCGGCUAGUCUUCUUCGUCAACGUGGGCGGCGUGGCCAUGCGGGAGAUCUACGACUUCAUGGACGACCCGAAGCUCCACAAGAAGCUGGGCCAGCAGGCCUGGCUGGUGGCGGCCAUCACCGUCACGGAGCUGCUCAUCGUGGUGAAGUACGACCCGCACACGCUCACGCUGUCCCUGCCCUUCUACAUCGCCCAGUGCUGGACGCUCGGCUCCGUGCUCGCCCUCACCUGGACCGUCUGGCGCUUCUUCCUGCGGGACAUCACCCUGAGGUACAAGGAGACGCGGCGGCAGAAGCAGCAGGGCAGGGACGACCAGGGCAGGGCGGACGGCAGCGUGGACGGGCGCCCACCAGGGCCCGACGACCCCUCGGGGCCCGAGGAGGCCGAGAGGGAGGGGGUGCCAGCACCGCACUGACGCUGCGGCUGGGCCUGCAGAGCCCAGGCCUGGCGCCCUCCACCCUCUGGGAUUCCCGCCAGGAGCCUUCCAGCGGGCCUCAGCCCUCAAGGUUCUAUCUCCCUCUUCUCCCGCGUGCACAGUGGGGUGGGGCGCGUGUGUGUGUGGCGUGUGCACACGUGUGGGUGCGUGUGUGUGUGUGCGCGUGUGCUCCUGAGGCUCUGGGGCUCGCCUUGGGCCGGCUGGUGCCCCUUCUGCGCGGUCAGCCCGCCGCCUUGGCCACCCCGAGCCUUGGUGCCCACACGGCCCGGCCCAGGCAGCAGCGUCUCGGUGCCCCUGUCCGCUCCCUGGGCCCUGCCGGUCCCCCACGACCUUCUGGCGGCACGUGUGAAGGACAGGCGUCCGGGGACGCCCUGAUGUGGCUGGAAAGGGCAGAUCCGCUUCCUCGGGAGCCUCCAUCUGACCCUCCAACCUGGAGGGUGCGUGGACGGGGCUGCCCGCACAUCGAGUCGGAGACUCCAAGGCCUGGUGCCCGCCGUCAGGAGGGCGGGUCGUGAGGGAGGGUCUCUGUGGCCCAGGGUUGAGGUCACCCCCACGAGCAAACAGAACAAAUAAAAGCCACGGUGAAGGC